AUGACCGUGUCGUCACUCCUUCCUUCCACCGCGGGCUACCGGCCACUGCCCUCCCUCCCUCGAGGAGCGAUCCCUUCUCGCUUCCCCCGAAUCAGCCUCGGAUGGCUCGUAUCCCUCGUCCUCUUCUGCGUCCUCGUCUUCAGCCACUCCACUCUUGCACCACCCAUCCGACGACUCGACCUCGAUACCGUCAGGUCGCUGCCGAACAAGUUCGGACUCCGCUACCCUAGCGUCCCGAGCGCCGCCGUACGGGAAGAGGAGGAGGAGCGGAUAGAGGUCGUCGAGGAGGUCGAGGAGCCUGAGCUUGAGCCGGAGGUUCACUACGGUCUUCAGAGCGACGUUACGAUCGUCUCGGGAUUCUACCGCGUCGACUCUGGCAAGAAGCACCGGGUGGACGAGUACCACGUCUGGAUCAAGCACUUCCUCGAGACGGUGGAGAUCCCCAUCGUCUUCUACUGCUCGCCUGACCAGCACGACUACAUCGCCGGCCUGCGAGGCGACAAGCCCAUCACUAUCAACAGCACCUACCCAACCGCCUUCCAGAUGCCGCCGCUUGAGAACCUCGGCGGCGAAGAAUGGGCUAUCCGUCAGAACAAGAUGGACCCGGAGAACUGGAUGCACGUCCACGACAUCUACGGCAUCUGGACCGCCAAGCCCUGGCUCGUCAACGAGGUCGCCAAGGCGAACCCGUACGAUUCCAAGUACUUCAUGUGGGUCGACGCGGGCUCGCUGCGCGAGCCCAACGUCCCGCACCCUUUCACCGGCCUCGGCAAGCACUUGGACGAGAUCUACGCCGACGUACCGAACGACACGCUGCUGCUGGCCAGCACGACGGUGCCGUUCGAGGAGGAGCUCGACUACGUUCAGAAUGCGACUCGCAUGCAGCCGAACGACCCGACUGAGCGGCUGCAGGGUGGCUGGUACGGCGGCACGAAGGAGGCGGUCGACUGGUGGGAGACGGAGACGACCAAGGUCGUCGUUCUCCAGUCCGCUCUCAACCGCUUCACUGCCAAGGAGCAGCCCGUCUGGAAUCAAGCGGCGCGGCUGAACUGGGAGAAGAUCCUCAUCCAGCAAAACGCGUUCCGCCACGGUCCCGACUGCGGCUACGACUUCUGGUUCACGUUCGAGUACUGGUCCGACGGGCGCAACUGCACGAUCCCCGUCUGGAACGGCCCGCAAAAGGCCAAGGACAAGCAGGCGCGCUUGUUGGCGCAGGUCAAGGACGAGGCUGUCCGUCUUGACGAUGCCAGGAUGGUCAAGGUUCGCAAGGCGCCGGCGGAGCGUCGGGUAUGA